AUGAAUUCUCAGCAAUACCCUCAGACUCCGGAGUGCCCAGUCCCUCGCGCACAAGACGAGAUGUAUCAGCUCUCACCAUCCACGUACCAGCAGCAGCAGCAGCUGGAGCGACCGCAUACGAGGCCUACCACAACCAGAUCCUCAUCGUCGUCAGGGCGAGCUCACCAACGAUCCCAGUCCCUCCAGACGACGGCGACGCCACCGACACCCCGUGCAAACCCAAGCCUCGUCUCCCUCGACAAGCCUUUGCCUCCCAACCCACCAGGCGCCGUGCCGCGCGUCCGCGAGCACCGCCCGAGCCGCAGCGCCAGCCACAUCUCCCUGUUUCCACGCGCCCAGUCCGACGACGAUUGUGCAGAGGCGCCGAUCCGCAGAAGUCGCAGCAGCAGCAGCAGCACAAGGUCGUCCUCACCACCAGUACGGCCGUGUCUGCUUCUGACCCAGCGCCAACGGGAAAGCAUCGUGCUCCGCUCGCGCUACUACCACGCCGAGCUGCUAUCCAUGUUCCCGCCCUCGGGCGCGCCCAAGAAGAAGAAGAAGAGCCCCCAUCAUCCGCCGACGACCCGGCCGGCGGCGAGGGGCAGCAGAGGGAGGAAGCGCUCUUACGCUCACGUGUCGCUGGCCCCGCUCCCGCAGGUCGGCUCCUUCUCCUCCUCCUCCUCCUCCUCGUCGCCGCCGCCACCGCCGCUUUCGCUGCGCCGGUCGCGCCGCAGCAAGUCGUACGAGCGCAUCCUCGAGAGCCCGCUGAUCGCCGCUGCUGUGGUCCCACCGGCACUGCCGCCGGUGCGCUCGCGCUCGCACGAGACGAUGCGGCCAACGACGGUCAAGACGAGCACGGUGGGCACCACUUACUGCGAGCGAAAGCGAAACACGCAGGAUGCCGGCCAAGAACAGCAACACGGACAGUCGCCGGGCGGGAAGACAUGUAAUACCCCAAGGCGAGAACUUUCCUCUGCAAGUCAGGGCGGUCGCUCGGUCCUGGACAAGGUCGCGCGGAAAGUGUUUGGGUCGUACUUUCGUUGUGCUUCAUGA